AUGGGUCGUUCCUCAGCAGCUAUUUUAUGCUCACUUUUACCGCUUCUACCCUUCGCUUCCGCUAUAUCUGGUCUAAUCACCGAUCCGAACACCGUAUCUGAUCAAACGUUCGACUACGUUAUCGUUGGAGGUGGUCUAGGUGGAUUAGUCGUAGCUAACAGACUCUCUGAGAACCCUGACAUCAGUGUUUUGGUAAUUGAAGCUGGAUCAGAUAACCGAGAUGAUCCAAGAGUAUACGAUCCAUACCAAUAUUCAGCUGCAUUCAACACUGAACUAGAUUGGAAUUGGCCUUCAAGUCAAGGAAGAUAUAUCAAAGGUGGAAAGACUUUGGGAGGAUCAACUUCAAUCAAUGGUUUAGCCCAAACCAGAGGUCAAAAAGCUCAAUAUGAUUCUUUGGCUUCCUUCCUAGGUGGUGAUGAUAGGAAUGGUACAUGGAUUUGGGAAGGCAUGUUCUUUGGUAUGCUUAAAAGUGAAGGAUUUUCAUCACCUAACGACAAUCAAAAACAAGCCGGAGCAAGCGCAAACCCUGCUUAUCACAAUACUUCAGGACCUUUGCAAGUCACUUACCCUGACGGAAUAUAUCAAGGGCCUCAGCAAAAAUAUUUCCAGACCGUUGUUUCUACCAAUUUCUCCGUCGCUGCUUCCCCUGACGCAGACGAUGGAAAUGCAAACGUAGUAGCUUUCCACCCAAACACGAUCAAUUGGCAAGAUUCAGAUCAUCGAUCUUCCUCAGCUACCGCUUAUUAUUCACCGGUGUCCGAAAGAUCAAAUCUUGCUAUCCUUCUGCAACAUCUUGCUACCAAAAUUGUAUUCGACGGAUCAAAAGCUACAGGUGUCGAAUUUGGUACGUCUGGCGGCGAAAGGUAUACCGUCAAUGCAGGUAGAGAAGUCAUAGUAUCCGCCGGUGCUAUUCAAACACCCGCUUUACUGCAGUUAUCAGGGGUAGGUGACCCAGCAUUACUCAAUGGAUUGGGUAUCGACAUAGUUGCGAAUGUCAGUGGUGUCGGCAAGAACUUGCAGGAACAAACAAUGAAUUCAGUAGGAUGGACUACUGUAGAUGGAUUCGAUUUCGACGGUCAAGGUCCUAGUGACGUUAUUGCCUACCCCGACCUGUUAGGUCUAUCCUCUUCAAGUAACAGUGAUAUCGCGUCUACCAUUGCUGCCAAUAUCGGAUCUUAUGCUCAAGACGCCUACGAUGCCGGAGCCGUAGUUUCCGUCGAAGCUGCACAAGCAAUCUACCAAAUUCAACAAGACUUGAUGACCGAUAAACAUUCUGGUUUGGUUGAGGCUUUCUUCGAUAACGGUUUCCCCAACGGUGGAUUGGGUAUCGAUCUUUGGCAAAUACUCCCCUUCUCAAGAGGAACAGUACAAAUCACUACUGCAGAUCCAUUCACCUAUCCAACCGUAGAUCCCAGGUAUUUCUCUGCAGACGUAGACCUUCAAAUCCAAACUGCCGGUUUGAGAAUGGCAAGAAAAAUAUUCCAAACUGCGCCUCUAAGAUCCAUCGUCACGGAAGAGAAUGCACCUGGAUACGAUACUGUUGCCGAAGAUGGAAAUGGGGGAAGCGAUGAUGAUUGGAGAAAAUGGAUCGUAGACGGAUUCUCAUCUGUACAUCAUCCUAUUGCAACUUGUUCGAUGAUGUCUCAAGACUUAGGCGGAGUGGUAGGAAGUGAUCUGAAAGUAUACAACACCGAAAAUCUACGAAUUGUCGAUGCUUCAGUAUUGCCAAUUCAAUUCUCUGCUCAUUUAAGCGCUACCUUGUAUGGUUUAGCCGAAAACGCCGCUGAUAUGUGA